AUGGCCGCCGACCUCCUCCUCAUCCGCCUCCUGCCGCUCCUCCUAACCGCCGCACUAGCACCCCAGCCCGCUUCCUCCUCAACCGCAGCUCCGGGGAAGACCAACGUGAGCAUCGACUCGGCCACGCUCUCCUUCUCGGACCUCACCCUGCUGGGCGACGCCUUCCUGCGCAACGGCUCCGUCGGCCUCACGCGCGACACCGGCGUGCCAUCCUCCAGCGCCGGCACCGUCCUCUGCACCCGCGCCGUCUCCUUCCGCGACGUCAACAGCGGCAACGCCACCGCGUCGUUCGCCGCCAGGUUCUCCUUCGUCAUCGCCACCCAGAACCCCGGCUCCACCGGCGGCGACGGCGUCGCCUUCUUCCUCUCCCCCGCCCGCACCACGCUCGGCGCCACCGGCGGCUACCUCGGCCUCUUCAACUCCUCCGUCUCCUCCACCGCCGUCCCCAACGACGACGACGACGACAACUCCCCCGGCCCCGCCAUCGUGGCCGUGGAGUUCGACACCAUGCUCAACGCCGGCCUGGGCGACCGGAGCGACAACCACGUGGGCCUGGACGUCGGCUCGCCGGUGUCCCUGCAGGCCGUCGACCUCGCCGGCUCAGGGGUCGUGCUCAAGAGCGGCAACCUCACCACCGCGUGGAUUGAGUACCGCGGCGCCGACCGCCUGCUCGAGGUCUUCCUGAGCGUCUCCGGCGGCGUCAAGCCGGCGCGCCCCGUGCUCUCCGUGGCCGUCGACCUCUCGCCGCACCUCGUGGGCGACAUGUACGUCGGCUUCUCGGCGUCCACGGAGGGGAGCACUCAGCAACAUACCAUCAAAGAGUGGACAUUUCGGACCUUCGGCUUGCCGUCGCCGACAACCACCACCACCAACGCCUCCUCUGCCUCUGGAAACACCUCAGAGCAUGCGGCGCCCAGCGUGGUAACCACCAACGCCUCGGCUGCCACCAGCAAGAAAAGGUUCGGCCUCGCCGUCAGCAUCCUCGGCCCCGUCGCGCUCGCGGCCGCGUUCGCGUUCUUCGCGUGGGUGUCCGUCAAGAAGCUGGUAGAGCUCACCGCCUCGAGGAGAAACAAGCACGCCCUCCUCCUGCCGGAGCUGCUGCUCAAAGGCCCGAGGAAGUUCAGCCACAAGGAGCUGAGCGCCGCGACCAGGGGGUUCCACGCGAGCAGAGUCAUCGGCAGGGGCGCGUUCGGUACGGUGUACAAGGCCUGCGCCAUGCCGGGCGCGGCCGCCGUCGCUACAACCUACGCGGUGAAGCGGUCGACGCAGGCGCACCAGAGCCGGAACGAGUUCGUGGCCGAGCUCUCCGUCAUCGCCUGCCUCCGCCACAAGAACCUGGUCCAGCUGGAGGGCUGGUGCGACGAGAACGGCGAGCUGCUGCUCGUCUACGAGUACAUGCCCAACGGCAGCCUCGACAAGGCGCUCUACGGCGACCCCUGCACGCUCUCCUGGCCGGAGCGCCACAACGUCGCCGCCGGCAUCGCGUCCGUGCUGGCCUACCUCCACCAGGAGUGCGAGCAGCGCGUGAUCCACCGGGACAUCAAGACGGGGAACAUCCUGCUCGACGCCAACCUCAGCCCGCGGCUCGGGGACUUCGGGCUCGCCCGGCUCAUGGACCACGGCCAGAGCCCCAUGUCCACGCUCACCGCCGGCACCAUGGGGUACCUCGCGCCCGAGUACCUGCAGUCCGGCAAGGCCACCGACCAGACCGACGUCUUCAGCUACGGCGUGGUGGUGCUCGAGGUGUGCUGCGGCAGGCGGCCGAUCGACAGGGAGGACGGCGGGAGCGGGAGCGGCAGCAAGAACGUGAACCUGGUGGAUUGGGUGUGGCGACUGCACGGCGAGGACCGGCUCAUCGAGGCAGCCGACGCGCGGCUUAACGGCGACUUCGACCGGGAGGGGAUGCUGCGGCUGCUGCUCGUGGGCCUGAGCUGCGCCAACCCCAACUGCGAGGAGCGGCCGGCGAUGCGGCGGGUGGUGCAGAUACUCAACGGCGAGGCCGACCCGGUGCCCGUGCCGCGGAAGAAGCCCCUCCUCGUCUUCAGCUCUAGCGCGUCCAUCAAGAUCCAGGAGAUGGCCUUCUCCUCUGGCGACGACGUCAGAGGAGGCUAUCCGGCCGCCGCGGCCAAGGCGGCGGCGUCGUCCCCGAAAUCGGAAGGGGCCGACGUAGAACGCUGA